GUCUAAGGUCUGGUCCUGGUCUGGUCUGUCACUCAAUCAGUUUCAUCUUUUAGGUUAAUGUGUUUUCUUUUCUGUUAGCCAAUUAUAACAUAUUAAAUUAUUCAUUUUUCUUCUUAAUUGUCUUGUUCCAAUUUUGCAUUUCAUUCUAUGUAGUAUGUAUUAGCCUACUCUUUAUUCUAGUAACAUAUGAGGUACAUCGAGCCAGUGCUGUAUAGGUAUUUCAGACACGUACAAUAACAGCUAAUGACAUUAUCUAAUAAUGUAUAUUUUGUUAUAAAACACGUUGAUGGAUUUGCAAAGAGAGACUACAGGUAUGUAUCAUGUUGGCGAAUUUAUCGAAAUCAAUGAUGAACUCAAUCGAACUAUUAAGGAGGAGAAAGUUGAUGAGGACGUCAAUGAGAAUCAUAUGGAUGAAGAAGGAGAAGGAGCCGACAACGACGUGAGAGGGCAGUUUCAGAUGGUUAUUGUUAAGCAAGAGUGGCAAGCAGAUGCCGAUGAGGAGAGUAGGACGUCUUGGACUGAAGAAUCAACUGAACCUGAAAGCUCCACUGCAAUAUUGCCACACUCGUCUCCUAUUGAAAGCGAAAGGGGGGAAUUUCAGUAAUUGUGAUGUGUUCCGCAAUGAUGUAAGUAAACUAGGGAAAGAAAAAGGAGCCGACGACGACGAAGAUGAUGAAAAGUUCUUAAAUUCUUCUGAAACUGGCAACAAUCAUUAUGUUUGCACAUACUGUGAUUAUAAAACAAGUCUUCAGUUGAAUUUUGAAGCACAUGUGAGGAAACAUGUUGCAGUACUUUUUAGUGACUCUUCUAAGGUAAAGUCACAAGUUGAAACAUCCAGUGAGACUACCCAGCAUAUUUCUAGUUCUAAUGCAGAUGAUUGUGUUCAGAAGAAAAAAAAACGUGUUAAAUCAGAUAACACUAAAUCAAGUUUGGAUUCUGAACGCUACAAUUGCAGCAAAUGUGAAUACAAGAGUUAUAGGGCCGACCAUAUGCAAGCACACAUGAACAAACACAACAUCGAUGGAUUAGUGUUGGAAAAAACAAAAAAGAAGAGGAUUCGACCAAAAAUACCGAAACAAGAAGUGCUUUUCAACUGUGGAUAUUGCGAUUUCAAGUGUCCCAAAACAGACAUGAUGAAAGAUCAUUUAAGAGUUGUGCACGCUGGGAAGAUGGCAGCUGAGAAGAUUGGGGGGAGGAAGAGGAGGGCGGAAAAGGUGCCUUUCACGUGUGAACUGUGCGGCUAUAAGUGUGUCAAGUUGUGCAUCAUGGAGGUUCAUAACCGGACCCAUACGGGAGAACGGCCGUUCAGCUGCAGUCAUUGCGAACUGAAGUUUGCGCAAAAAUCGCACCUCACCAAACACCUCAAACAGCACACGGGUCUAAUCACCCUGAAAUGCAAAGACUGCGACUACGAGAGUUCUGACCCUGCAUUGAUGAAACAACACACGCAACAAGUUCAUCGAUUGGUGAAAACGUUGCAGUGCUGCCACCUGUGCGACUACAAGUGCUUGACGGCGUCACUGCUCGCGCGACACCUUCGCACACACAGCGGUGAAAAGCCUUACUUGUGCACAGUGUGCGCCUACCGCUGCUCGCAGAUGAGCACACUGACGGCGCACUUUCGCACGCACACUGGCGAGAAACCCUACAGCUGUGACCAGUGCGAGUUCAAGUGCACUCAGCACUCGGCGCUCAAGAACCACCAGCUCACACACACUGACUACAAGCCUUUCACCUGUGAGCUGUGCGGACACCGAUGUGCGCGCGCAGCCAACUUGAAACUGCACAUACAACGGCGACAUCUCAAGCACCACUACUUGUCACCACAAUCAUCAUCAUCUUCCAUUAAAUAAUAAUAUCGAGUGACCUGGCUGGCUGAGGUCUGGUGUCAGAGUUUACAUGUCGCAACUGUUCAAUUUCAGGGCCUCUGACAUAACCUAACGAAUACUUUUGCAUUCAAAAACCUCACUUUGGUCGGUCAAAAUUUUUCUUAGGCCUACUUCAUGGUUUUUGACAUUACAUUGCAAGGUGAGGUAUAUUUAGCUGCCGACGAGGAGCUUAGUUUUUAAUUAUACAAGUUGUAUCUUCAAUAUAUUUCAAUUUAAAAAAUAAUUUGUGCAUUGAAAUGAUAUGUUUUGGACGUUGAAAUUUUUAAAUACUGUAUUGAAAUAUUAAAUAUUAAUUGUAUAAAUUAUAUGUUGAAAAUGAAGAUAAAUUAUAUUCUGCCUUUGUAAAAAUACAAAAAAA